AGACUCAAAAGCUUUUCUGGCAAGACCUGCUUGGCACCCAUGCGGAUCCUUUAUUGGCACUCUUGGUGGCUUGCCGAUGACGGAACCAGAGGAAGCAGCGGCCGCCCUCGAGAAGGGCUUCGGCAGCUUCCGAGCGCGGUCUCGGAGCCCCAGGAGGCCGAAAGCAGUAUGGCCCGAAGUGCCUCCGGACUUCUUCAAGGACAUUGUCGGCCUGAUCGGCGUGAAAGAUGGCCAUGGGCUUUUGCUAGAAGAGGCCUUUCCCAUUGACAUCUACCCCAUGCCGCGGGAGCAUGUCCUUGGAGCACGAAAGUCUCGACGAUUCCGCCGUGAAGUUCAGGCUUGGGGCCCCCCCGCGCCCCCCAAGCGGCGCUACUUCAGGGUCGCUGCCAGUGGAAAGGUGGAGCAGGAGAGUUCCUGGCAGGUUGCAGCCACUGCCGCAGCCAUGGAAGUCGGACAAGCACAGGAGAUCACACCCAAAGACACCAUGGGCCCGCCGGAUUUUUUGCCACUGCUGACCGUUGCAGCACAGUUGAAAGCUCCAAGUUGGGCUGCCAGCACCCGCUCCGCACGCCUCACAGCACUGCGCGCGCGUUGCCAGCAGGCGCCAGGUGAUGCCGGAAAUUGGCUGGACUUUGCAGAGUUCCAAUGGUCGCAGUGGGGAGAAGAGUUGGAAGCCCCCGGCAAACAGGUGCGCGAGAAGCAGCGCGCAGUCCUGGAGGCAGCAUUGGCCAAGCAGUCUGGUCCUCCCGAUGUAAGGCUGAUUCGAGCAUUGGCCACGGCAGAAGGAGAUGGAACUGCCAACAUGCCAGUGCAGGACUGGAAGAGGCUCAGGGAUCGCAAGGAGAUUCUGAGCUGCCGGCGGCAGCGGCUAUUGCAGUGCAGCCAACCGGAAGUGUCGGAGGAGCUGGUGUGGGGCUUCUUGGAAGUUUGCAUGCUGGGUGGUGCUGGCCACAAGGACGGCACGCUGCUAGAGGGCGCCCCACUCGUGGCUGGGGUGCCUGCACCUGAGGCAGAGCCGGCACCUGUGCAGAGCUUCAGGAGAGCUGUGACUGAGACGCUGGCUUUCCUGGCGGUGCGAAAAGUGGCUGCUGGUCAUGAUGGUCAAGCCAUUGCUGCCUUGGAACGGGCGGAGUUGGCCUGCAUUUCCUGUCUCGCUUUUGCAGAAGCUGCCUCUGGCCGAAGCACGAAGGCGUUGGAGCUACUUCGGGGCCUUGCAACGUUGAAUGCCUUCCUGCAUGAAGGGGAUCCUGCCUUCUUCGCUUCAGUCUGGAAAGCGCGCUGUCGCUUGGGCGCACGCGGUGCCCUUCGAGCCUUGCAGCAGUUGGGCGCGGUGCAAGGACAGCAGUUGCCGGAAGCACUGCAGCCCUUGGCGCAAACCCUAGAUGCCUUGGAGGAUCCGUUCGACCCCAUCGAGAAGCCUCCUCAUGGGCAUUUGUGCGCUUUGCUGCGCGUGGGCGGCGGCCGCUUGCGGAACUGGUGCGCGGACGAGUUGCAGCGAUCCAUGGGCCUCAACACACUUGGCGUGCCCGAGCCAGAGGUCACCUUUGAGGAGUUGCAGCCCUUUCUGGUCAGCUUCCGCACAGAGGAAGCCCGGAAGGAGUCGGUGCUGCGCUUCCUGGACUUCUUGGGCGCACCUACACUGUGUCGCCACCCUAGGAGCUCUAAGUACCGGCAGAGCUUCAUUGAGGCCUUUGCACCACUGUCUCUUCGUAGCCACGAGAGCCAGGUGCCGCCCCAUGGAAUGCUGCCAGCCUGCAGCAACCGUGAGGUGAUGAAGACUCACAUAGCCCUGCAAAGUUUGGCGGUGUGGCCGCGGGAGACAUUGCUUCAUGAGGUCUUGGUGGAAUCCUUGCGGCAGCUCAGUGCCAAAGAAGCGCUGGGUGAGCAGGCAGCCAAGCUGCCACGCCGAGUCCUGCGAGCUUCAGAAGAUCCCAGGCUCUACUUUGUUUAUGCACAUGGGCUUUGGCAGUCAGGAGCUCGCGACGACACCCGGGCCGUGCUUUUAAAGCUAUGCACCACUGCUGAUGGUGUUGAUGCGAGGUUGAUGAUGGCCUGGUGGCACUUAGAGCUCUCUGCCGCCUGCUUGGCGCGUGCGCAGCGGCUGGUCCUGGGCUUGGCCUUCGGAUGCCUCGAUGCGGGCGUUUUGUCUGGGGCACCCCUGGACUCGCGGGAAGCAGGCUUGAGGCGCCUUCAGGCGCUCACGCGGCUGCAACAGCUCUUGCCUCACCGCAGCCAGACCGAUGGGGCGUUGCGAUACUUGCUCUCAUCCUAUCAAGCUGUGGUGCUGGCUAUGUGUUCUCUGCUAGCACAAGCCUCUGCCCGGAAAGCCUUGGAUUUCUUCCAGAAGCAGGUGCCGGGAAGUGCCAGCGACCGUGUGAGGGCCAUGAGUAUGGACGCAGGCCCUUUGAGGCCCACGGCCAGCAGCCGAGCUUCGUUGAUGGAGAGCAUUGGCUGGGCGCGGGCAGCUGAGCAGUUGCUGAAAUUGCUGAGUGCAGCUCAAACACCGCCAAAGAUACGGCUAGAAGCGAUCCGCAUGUCCCUUCGAUUGGACCCUGGAAGCCCGUUCGCCCUGCGUCACCUCACUGAGCUUCGUUUAUCACAGGGCCUUGCAAACACUUUGCGGCGGGAGCUAGACGAAGUGCUGGGGCUGCAUCGGCCCACGCCAUUGGGUGCCAGUGCGGCACAGUGGUUGGACUCCUUCCGCGUGGCCCUCCACGCCGAAACCGGCCUCCCCGGCAGCGCCGCCCGCCGGAGCGGGCUUUGCGAGCGGGCGCUGGCACUGGCUUCACCGGUGGCCACGGGGAGCAUUUGGUCCUUCUACGGCCUCAUUCUCCUUUUGAAGUUACAUCGCGAGGGUCGAGGCUCAGCAGAGCUUUGGCGCGCCUCGGUCCGUGCCACUAGCCGGGUGCCGCUGCGCAAGGUCCUGUGGCUGCUGCACCUAGCUGCUUGCGAGGCACGUGCAGAUGGCGGUACUCCCGAGGAGGAGGUGAUUGACCUGGUGGAGGCCAUUGAGUCGAAGGAGAUCUUCCUCCACGGCGACCCUUUGGAAGCCAUUGCGUGAGGCUACCGAUAAGAUGGGUUGCAACAAGGUGACGCCAGAUUCUCACAGAUGUGGAGAAGUGAUUUGAGACGAUAUGAAACAGAGUGAAAAGCUAGCUUGAACCAUGCAACAUCAGCAACAUACGUCAGGUUCCCCAGCUGGGGGAGCUAUAUGCGCCACACCUUGGUUUGCUGGCCGCUUGUACAUACACACCGAGCCUGGCCGAACUCUGGCAGCGGGCGGCGAUCGGAGAAAGGGCGCCAGGGUCGCUUUCCUCCAGAGAUUCACAACUUGCACACCUCAUGGGAGC